AUGAAGACUAUCCAGGAAUUGUUGGCUGAAAAGCCUAAUACUGAUGAUCCGCAACCGGUUCAAUAUGUUGGAACGGUGGAGGCGUAUGAUAAGUGGGCGGAGGUCUACGAUACAGAUGGGAAUUUCCUUCAGCGUCUUGACACGAUCGAGAUGCGUGUACUCUUGCCCCAAUUCCUGGACCGUGUGUAUACCCGCUUCCAAGCCUCGGGGCAAUUGACACUGUUGGAUCUGGGAUGUGGUACCGGGCGGAAUACGAUCCAGCUACUCGAGGCACUGGCACAGUAUCAAAAGGAUACUACUUCCAUGACCAAAGUCGAUAUGGUCGGUCUCGAUGCAUCCCCCGGCAUGUUGGAUGUAGCACGAUCCGCCAUUCACUCAGCGACUCAGCGAGAAGAUCUCAAGGACAGCCCUGAAGUCUCCCUAGACACUAUCGACCUACGCCACCCUGCCACCGUGCGGGCGAAUCUACCCCCAUCUCUACAAAACGCCGGCGCAGCCGGUGUUAUUUCCACGCUUGUACUGGAGCACAUUCCAGCAAAGGAGUUCUUCGAAGCUGCGUCUGCCACGAUGCGGCCCGGCGGGUAUCUACUUGUCACCAAUAUGCAUGCGAAUAUGGGAAUGCGCAGUCAAGCUGGGUUCACGGAUCCGCAGACCGGGGUUAAGAUCCGGCCGACUAGUUACUGUCACUCUGUCUCGGAGGUGCUGACAGCAGCCGAGCAGGCUGGAUUCCAGGUGGAAGAUAUAGUUGGCGCGGAGGGUCAAAAUGGAGUACUGGAACGGGAUGUGGAUGAGCAAUUGGCCGAGAAAUUAGGUGCGCGGGCCAAGAAGUGGAUUGGUAUCAGGGUGUGGUUUGGGGUAUGUUUCAGCAAGAAAGCAUGA